GAAGACCAAGCAGCACAAGCUGCAGAAGCUGCACACGCGCAAAACGCUAGACCCACCGCUGCGGGUCGGCAGCUGAGCGGCGCCUACGGCACUACCAGAGCGACGGCUCCCGCAUCCCGUGCCACGGCGGUGGGUCUGUUCCGGAAUGAGCAUGCGGAGGGAACGCAGUGGAGGAGCUCAGAGGAUACAGAACUUGCAAACAGCUCAAUCCAACCAGCUUAUUGUUCUCACCAAUAUAUAUCUUUUAAGCUGCUUUCUUUUCCACCAACUAGCCUGAUUACCCAAGUCUUUCUGCUGUGUUUCUAGCUUUUGUCUUCAUGGGUUCAUGUGCUUCCAAAGAUGCCUCGCUCAAUGAUGGCUCCUCCCACUAUGCCUCGCGUACCAAGGGAACUCAUCUAAACCAUAAUCUCUCCAGCGACAAUAACCAGAACCAAACCCAUCCCAAUCUCUCUAAUUCCAACAACAUCAAUUUGAAUAACACAACUGGCUCGACCUCUGUGGAUUCAAAUGAGAAAAACUACUCCAACAACUCAAUCGACAACAAUGGCAACCCUCAACAUCGACAGCAAAACACCUAUCCAAACUCAAAUAUAUCAGAAAAUUCAAUUCCCAAUAACACAAAUAUCAACGGCUACAACAAAGCACAGGUGCCAUCGCUAAAUGAGUUGAAUCCUAAAAACAGACCCGAAGCCAAAGUCUUACUAUUAGGCUCUGGUGAGUCUGGUAAAUCAACAGUCAUAAAACAAAUGAAGAUUAUUCAUCAAGGAGGUUACUCGGCAAAGGAACUAUACGACUACAAGCCAUUUGUCUAUAAAAAUCUAUUAGAUUGUGCAAAGGCAAUAGCAACCGCCUAUAAAUCCUUUGAUUACAAGUUGGAUGACCUAGAUGAUUUGGAUACUAAUGAUGUUCAUAAUACCAAAGUCACCUCAGAUAAAAUUGUCAUUAAUAAUACCGAUAAUAUCGAUAUUACCAAUAUUAAUAGUAUCAAUGGCAUUGAUGAUACAAAUAACGCAAAUAAUAUUGAUAUUGCUAAUAAUACCAACACCAACACCAACAACAAUUCCAAUUCCAAUUCCAAUUCCAAUAAUAAUAAUAAUAAUAAUGACAACAAUCAAGCUUCUGUUCAUUCGAUUGAUAAUCAUGAAUUAUUAUCUCCAACAACACCACUAUCACUAGUAAAUCCAUCUGUUUCUCUCUCUUUAACGAUCCAAGAUUUAGAUUUCAUCUUAAAUUCAAAUACCCCAACACAACCAAAUGAACCCUUUGAUCCAAUAUUAGCUUUUAAAAUUUUUAAAUUAUGGAAAAACUCUCAAACUGACCAACUAAUCAACGACCAUCGUAACGAAUUCUACUUGAUGGAUUCCGCUAAAUAUUUUUUUGAAAGUUUAUCCCGUAUAUCCUCUCCUGAUUAUAUCCCAACCUCAACUGACGUUCUAAGAACCAGAAAGAAAACCUCUGGUAUCUUUGAAACAAAAUUUCAAAUGGGCAACCUAAACAUCCACAUGUACGACGUUGGCGGCCAAAGAAGUGAACGUAAAAAAUGGAUCCAUUGUUUCGAUAACGUCUCUCUCAUCAUAUUCUGUGUCGCCUUAUCUGAAUACGAUCAAGUCCUUCUUGAAGAAGACUCUCAAAACAGAUUAGAAGAAUCUUUAAAUUUGUUUGAUUCGGUAGUCAACUCAAGAUGGUUUGCGAGAACUUCAAUUGUCCUAUUCUUAAAUAAGAUCGACGUCUUUGCUGAAAAAUUGCCUCAAAGUCCUCUAGAAAAUUAUUUCCCUGAUUAUGCUGGUGGUCCAGAUAUCAAUAAAGCUGUUAAAUAUAUCUAUUGGAGAUUCUGUCAAGUUAAUAGAUCUGAAUUAGAAAUACGUCCUCAUAUAACUCAAGCAACUGAUACAAAUAAUAUUAAAGUCGUAUUUGCUGCCGUCAGAGAAACUAUUCUUGAAAAUAGCUUAAAGGAUACUGGUUUACUAUACUAAAAUUAUACCAAAAAAAUAAAAAAAUGGCAGUUUAUAUAAAAUUGAAAUAAGAAAAUAAAAAACAA